AUGAGCGGCGUGGGCAAAGCGACGGGGCCUUCGCGGGACUUGACACCGCAACAACAACAGCAUGGGCACGACGCCGCACAACAACACCAGGGCCCGCAGCAGAUGGUGCAUGGCCAUGGACAGAAUGGCCUUCGUUACCCGACCAGUGGCAAGACCAUAUACCACCGCCCGCUGAACCGAACGCGCACAGCCGAGCUGAGCCAGUCCAGCUUUGCCUACCUCUUCUCGGAAAUGGUCAGCUAUGCGCAGCACCGGGUCACCGGCAUCCAGGAUUUGGAGAAGCGGCUCAAUGUACAGGGUCACCCUAUCGGUAUGAAGCUGCUCGACCUCCUGCUCUAUCGCGAACCUGCACGCACCCAGACACGCCCUCUGAACAUCAUUGCGCUUCUACACUUUGUCAAGAUCAACGUGUGGACACACCUAUUUGGCCGUCAGGCCAACGGACUGGAGAAGAGCAGCAACCCGGACACGCCCGACGAAUAUAUGAUCAUCGACAACGAGCCGCUCGUCAACCAGUACAUCAGCGUGCCACGCGAAAUGAGCCAGCUCAACUGCGCCGCCUUUGUGGCAGGUAUUGUGGAGGGAGUCUGUGACGGAGCCGCCUUUCCAGCACGCGUAACCGCUCACACCGUCGGCCGGGCUGAGGAGGGUGAGAUGUGGCCUGGCAAAACGGUGUUCCUCGUCAAGUUCGAAGCAUCCGUGCUAGACCGGGAGACCUACUUGGGAAAGUCAUGA